AAACCCCGGAUACGUGACAAUGCAUCAGAGCGCGGUCCCAGCAACCGCUACCCAAUUCAUCCGCCGCUUGAUCACGGGUUUAGUCGCCGUCGGGUGGGUAGCCUCUGAACUACCCAACGAAACUCGAAUCUAACCGCAAGGCAACGAUUACGACACGAGGCUGCGGCCGAUACCUGAGUCUCCGUUCGGCGUCGAGAAUGGGUCAACGCUUGGACUCCGGAGACCACCCAGACUACUUUUCAUAAAUGUUAUAAGUUGGACAUAUCUCGACAUUCAGCUACCGACGAAAUAAAUGAUCAGUUCGCACUGGAAGCAGUCAGGAGUCUGCCGACAUGCGCGUAAUAACACAAUCUCCGUUGCCGGAGAUAAGUGAAUCGCCCGAGAAAAUCCCACGCUGUGACCCAACGAUCGGAACGCGAGAAGACUCCCGAACGACCACGUGGAGAGGCGAGCCCGUAGUCUCGAUCUUUCGCCGGAUACAACCUCGGUGGGGAAGUACUGACACUCGCCCGCCCAACGAGAAUUUUCACACGUUAGCUUCGCACCGGGAUAAAUCUACGACGCAACUAAUGUCCACCACCACGAAGAGGUCUUUACCAUCUAAGAAGACCGGGAAUGAAGCAGUUCCCCGGAUUUCCCAGGAACCGCAUAGACCACUUAAGAACUUAAUCCCAGAUAGUCCAUUGGACCGUAUUUCCAGUAGAUUCUAUAUGAAGUCAGUCAUUAUUAAUGUGUCCGAUUGUGUGUGUUGUUAUAUUAUACUUAUCGAGUGUUGUUAA